GUCCCCGCCCGUAGGAGGGCACGGCCGGCACGGCUCGGCCCCCGCGGCGGCUCCGUCCGCACAGCGUCCCGCGGAUCCGAGCGGCGGCGGCGGCAGCAUGGGGCUGGAGCUGUACCUGGAUCUGCUCUCGCAGCCCUGCCGCUCCAUCUACAUCUUCGCCCGGACCAACAACAUCCCGUUCGAGUUCAAGCACGUGGAGCUCUUCAAAGACUCGGUGCUGGGGAAGAAGCCGGCGGCGGCGGCGAGCGGUGCGGAGCGGCCCCGCACAGGGCCAUCAAAUAGUGAAGGGGCUGGCAAAAUCAGCCUCUUGAAGAAAGUACCAGCGCUGAAGGACGGAGACUUCACCCUAGCAGAAUGCACUGCCAUUCUGCUGUAUCUGAGUCGGAAGUACAACACUCCUGACCACUGGUACCCAUCAGACAUAAAAAAACGGGCCCAGGUAGAUGAAUACCUCUCAUGGCAUCACGCUAACAUCCGGGCUAAUGCUCCUAAGACCAUGUGGAUCAAGGUGCUGAUUCCCCUCUUCACAGGGCAACCACUGCCAUCAGAGAAGCUGCAGGAGGUGAUGGAGGGGCUGUCUGCUUCCCUGAAGCAAUUUGAGGAGAGGUUUCUGCAGGACAAGGCUUUUAUCAUUGGGAGCGAGAUUUCUUUGGCAGAUCUUGUGGCCAUUGUGGAGCUGAUGCAACCUGUUGGAGUUGGUUGUGACAUCUUUGAAGACAGGCCCAGGCUGAUGGAGUGGCGCAAGCGGGUGGAGGAAGCUGUGGGGAAGGAGCUUUUCUUCCAAGCCCAUGAGAUGAUCCUGAAUGUCAAAGAACUGAGCAACAUUCAGAUUGAUCCACAGCUGAAAGAGCAUCUGGCACCUGUGUUGAUGAAGAUGUUGAAAUGAAUUAACCUAUGUUACUAUUUUUCCUGCCUUUUUUUUUUUCUUUUCUGUUUUUUUUUUUACUUCUGUGAUCUCCAGCUCUACGCUAAACUGGAAAAAAACCCACUGUAUUUCUAAUGUAGUCUUGCAAGUUGUCCUCCCCAACUUCACUAAGCCUUCCCUGCAUCUUUGGGAGGUGGGAGCUGGGGAAUUUUUAAGACCUGAAACAUUAAAUUUGUAUGAAAGGGAGAGACCCUAUGGGUCACUUAACACACGCAUCUGGGUUAUAUUUUAGUGUCACUCAGAAAUGUUGGAAACAUGAAUAGUAUUUCCUGAAAAAUUUGAGCCAGCCUGCAAACUGGAACAUCAGAGAACUGUCUAGGAUGAGGGUCAUUGUUUUCUUGUGUUUGUAACAUUCGGAGCUCCUUCCUAAGUGGGAAACACAGCAAAGCAAACCUGAUCCUCACCUUCCCAGUGUGUGUCUCUGCAUAAGUGAGUAUGGAACAAAGCUACAGGUAGUCACUAAACUAAAAAGAAGACUUUUUAUUUUAUUUUUUUAAUUUAAUUUUCUCGUUGCUGGAGCAUAUUGCUUGGCCACCCAUCUACAUUCCAUACUUCUAUUUGCCUUUAAGAUCCUGUGAGAAGUUUCUUCACGUUCAUCUACAACAAAUUAUUGGAAUGCUUUAAUUUAACCACUGCCCUCCACUUUUCAAAGUUGGGUUUCUUAGGCACGUGGUCUGUCAGUACAUGUGUGGCAGGGAGAUCUGUGUAGUAAAGACUGAGCAACUUCAAACAGCUGAAGGUGGCCACAGACCUUCAAAUAAUGCCUACUUGAAUCCUCUGUUGAUAUCAUAUAUGGAAUACACUGAACAAAUGCAUUCACAGUGACUUCUUUAAAGAGAAUAUGACUGCAAUCAAAUCAUUUUUUUCUGUGGUAACAGUGCAGUAGCAAUCCACAUUCCUCCUAAAAAAUGGAAAGGAGGGAUAAAUCUAGACACGCUCUUUGGAGAUUGUUUUGGAUGGAAGUUCACCAAGUCACCCUGUGCAAGCUGAAGUAAUAAGGGAGACUUUGUGACACUGAGCAACAUAUGCAUCACAAAAAGGCAGAGAGUUGUUUUGGAGCUUCAAGGCUCUCUUUUUUGGUUGUGCUGUUUCUGAUUAGUUGUAGCUCAAGUGGGAAACCAUUUUGUACUGCAGCACAAAAUAAUAAUAAUGAAGCAAAAUAAGCAUUUCUAGUUUUUUUUUUCAGUUGAAAACAGCAAAGGAUGCAAAAACUGUUGGAAUAUGUAUGUUUGCAUACUUCCAUUCACAUCUAGCUGUUGCCCUUGAACCUCACCCUGAAAUCCUUGCCUAGUAAAUAAUUUGGGAAUUACAUCUCUCAGUAACUGAAUAGCUUUUUCUCUUCACAGUACUAACAUGUCUUGGCUACUCACAUUUCUGCUGUUAAGUACUAUACAACUUGAUAUGUUUGGGUGGUUUUUUUUCUAAAGUUUUACUGCUAGAUAUAUGGAUUUAGUCCAGAGCCUGGGGAGAUCUUUAAAUUCCUCAACUGGAAAGAAAAUCUCAUUAUAUACUUGAGCUUUCAGUAACAGAAAAAUUCAUUUUUUAUGUCCACUGUAAGGAUAAGAGAGCUGACUGAAGGCUCUUUCUUUUUAUGAACUGAAAAUACUAGAAAUAGGUACAUGUUUAUUCCCACCUUUCAUUUCUUCUCUUAACCCCAAACAUUUUUUGCUGAAGUUUUAUUCAGGAAUAUUGUCUACACUUGAGAUGAAUUUUAAAUGGGAAGUGGUUGACCAUUUGAGAACUUUGAGAGUGGAACUGCUAAGUGGCUGAUGACACACACAGAUGCCUACAAAUGGGAAAAAAUACCAGGAUUUUCCAAAAGCUCAGCAAAAUGGAGACUGCUUGCUGCUGUGCUGUCAUCUCUCAGCUCAUCCCCCUGCAACCAUUUGAGUUGCCAGCUCCAGGACAGAAACAAUAGAACAAAUGCCUUUAGUGUAAUAAAAACUCUGGGAUUCUGGGUUGUGCCCUGAAGCCAUGAACAGUUUGCCAUUUGUGGUCAACCCUCAGGAGCAAAGGACAAAACAUAUCAUUAAAAUGUUUGUGACAGACCCUCAUGCUGUUGUAAUUGUUGACUUUUCAAAUCUUUUUGCUCCUUUUCUUUUGGAAGGCCUUCUGACAUGUUCGUUUCUUGUCAUGUAUUUUUAGGUGGGGGAGGUUUAUUUUGGCCUUGGAAUUUAUUGGAAGAGAUGUUUAAUAUGUUAAAAAGGAAUGAGAAAUUGAAAAACGGAUCUCAAAGGGCACCUUAUGUAGGAUCAGUGGUUCUCUGCAGUCAGGCAGUGGACUUGUGGCUGGGGUUUGCAGGGUGGCUGAGUCCCCUCAGUGCCUUUGUUUUUCAGAAACAAACUCCAUUCUCAUCCUUCACUGAUGGAGAGAGCUCAGUACAGUCUCCUGGGCUCCUCAGUGGGCAAGUCCUAAAAUCUUCCCUGCUGUAUCCCUGCCAUGCAGCAAUAAGGUUUCCCCAUCCCUUGCAGAAAACACAGUUAUUAUAGAAAAGUAAAUACUGUGCAAAAAACCACCACAUAGGCAGUGCUUCUGCACCGCACAGCAAACAGCCGUCCCCUGCCAGAUCUGUCUCACUUCACAAUCACUCUCCUAGAAAUCUGCAGCCUGACUGCUGGCCGGCUUACAUGUGCUGCUCCUCCUGCCAGUAUUGUCCACCCUGGCAACAGUGAAGGCCAAACAAUUCCCCCAGCAAAGCCAGCAGCAAGUCUAUUGGUAACUGUGGAAAACAAGAAAAUCAUGUUAUACAGGGUCAGUCUUCACAACAGUGCUUUACCUUAAGCAAGAUGACUUAUUCAUCUAGCUAGUUUCUAAUGCUUUUCGCUGUAAAUCUGCACAAGUAGUGCUCCCCACACAGGAGCUCAGCUUCCGAGAAACCUGAUCCACACAGGAGACUGCAGCUGUGAGCCAGUGCCUGGCUGCACUCCUGCCAGCUUUGGCACCCAAACGGAACUGCAGAAGCUGGGGGAGGAAUCAUUACAUGGCAGGGGUUGGAAGGGACCUCAAGGAUCAUGAAUCUCCAACCCCCCUACCACAUGCAGGGCCACCAACCUCCCCAUUUAAUACCAGACCAGGCUGCUCAGAGCCCCAUUGUAUCUAGCCUCGAACACCUCUAGAGAUGGGGCAUCCACAACCUCUCUAGGCAGCUG